AUGCUCCUAUCAUACAGAGGCCUUAAUGUGGAUGUCAAGAUUCUUCUUGACCAUGGUGCGAGGCCAGACAUUGCCGAUAACGAUGGAGUAACAUCUCUCCAUUUUGCUGCCCAGCUGUCAGAUCACGAGCUAUGUGAAACGCUACUCAGUUACCAUGGGGUUGAAAUUAACGCGAAAGAGAACCUGUCUGGCGAGACUCCCUUGCAUUGGGCUUUCCGUUGGUCAGAUCCACCCACUGAGCUUCUCGAACUUCUCAUCGCAAGGGGAGCAAAUGUUAAUGAACAAGAUAAUGACAGCCAAGCCCCACUCUACGAAGCGGCUAACGUGGGCGAUGCGAAUGGAGUGAAGGUCCUACUGUCACAUGGUGCUGACAUCGAUGAUGAUGAGGAAGUUUUUGGUCGUACAGCUCUCCACGCCGCCAUCUAUGCUCAAAGUGAAGAUGCUGUCAAAGUUCUCAUUGAGGCAGGCGCAGAUUUGGCACUGAAGACCAAGGCUGGAAUGGACGCCCUAGCACAAGCCGUUGACAUUGGACAUCUUGGGAUCUUUCAAAAUAUUGUGGACGUCCUUAUGGAGAAGGGAAUUUUUGAAGAGAAAUGCUUACAGCAGGACUCACUGGAGAAUUGGACCCCCUUACAUUGCGCAGUGGAGAACCGGGACAUGGACAUGAUCAAGAUCCUUCUCGAGAAAUGCGACCCAUUCAAGAUGCUUCCAAUCAAGGAUCGAAGAGGUGAUACAGCUCUUCAUAUUGCCGCCGGGAAGAGCUUUUGUAAAGGCACUCUGUUCCUCCUUGAAGCUGGCGCAGACCCUAUAGCAAAGAACAACUUCGAUUUAACUCCAAUCGAUCUCGCGAUUAGA